AAACGUUUAAAGCCACAUUUCCUCUUGUCAGGAGUGUGGAAGUCUUGGUCUGCAGUUGUUCAACCUUGCAACCUAAUCACAUUAAACAGCACAACUAUUUUAUGAAUGAGGCUCUAAUUGACGCCAGCGCUUUUCUAAAUGGAGCAGGAGAUUAAUUCUUACAGAAUGAGGGUGGUAGUUGUACAGACGCUCCGGAGUGUUGGGUGGAGCAAAAUGUGUUCACAUAUGUGCUCUUGACAGUGUUGUUAGAACAGCUUUGACCUCAAAUCAGAAAGAGGUCAGUGGGAUUUUAUUUGCUCUUUAGAUGGAAGCCAUGUUUGUCUUUCCUUUUUCUUCUCGAUGUUCCAAAACAAGUCAGAGUAUCAUUGUACUCUUAAAGUGAGGAAAGAGGAAUUUUUCCAGACGAAGUAAUUUUCGAACAAACCUAGCUAAUCCCCUAUUCUGACUCACCACUUUUUCCAUUAGAUUCAACAGGAAAGUGUGUCCAAACUUUUGACAGGUACGGUAUACAAGUACUGCUAAUGAUUACCAUUUUGUAUUUAGUCCACAUUAAUGUUGAAUGGCUUUGCUAUUCUUUGGUUUCCAUGACAAAGACAGACAAAAACAACACCGCAGAUGGUUUAUUGAUCUGUACGGCACCACCUUUGCCUCCUUUUUUCCACGUGACCACGUUGCCUUUGACCUCCUCCUGCAGGGCUUACUCUCUGUCAUAGAGAAACUGAAAGGGUCCACGGAGCAGGAGGUCAGGAUAGUGCUUCUGGGUUUGGACAAUGCCGGCAAGACCACCCUGCUGAAAAGCCUUGCCUCUGAAGAUGUCAACACUAUCACACCAACACAGGGCUUCAACAUUAAGAGUGUUGCCUCCCAUGGCAUGAAGCUCAAUGUUUGGGACAUCGGAGGGCAGAGGAAGAUCAGACCCUUCUGGAAAAAGUAUCUGGAAAACACAGACCUAUUGAUUUAUGUUAUUGACAGUGCGGACAAGAAGCGAUUUGAAGAGACAGGACUGGAGCUGUCUGAGCUGAUUGAUGAAGAGAAUUUAAAGGGCGUCCCCGUGCUCAUCUUUGCUAAUAAGCAGGACCUGGCCACAGCGUCACCGGCCAGCGAGAUUGCUGAGGGACUCAACCUGCACACAUACCGUGACCGAGAGUGGCAGAUUCAGGCCUGCUCAGCAGUGUCUGGAGAGGGAGUUCAGGAUGGGAUGAACUGGAUUUGCAACAAUAUUGUCAACAAGAAGAAGUGAAAGUUCUUCCCAAGCCACACUCACCAGGAUCAAACAGUGUCUGCAUCAUAUAAGGGAUUUAAAAAAAAGUGUCUGCAGACCUCAUAUAUGAUAUAUUCAGCUCCCCUCUUAGGUUGGGAUCAUAGUUUUGUUUUUACAAUUUGUGUCAUUUUUAUGAAUAUUUUGCAAAUGUAGACAAUAUAUACAAAUAUUCUAGCAUUAGUAAAAAUUAGCCAUCUAUUUAUGAUUUUGUCCCAAAUAUGUAAGUUUGUAUUCCUUUUGUUCCAAUAAUCCUCAUCUGGUGAAUAUAAGUACUUUUUUAAACACUGAGAAGACUGAUAUAAGUGAGUAGCCAUGCAGUUGAAGUUUGUCAGUGGCAUAGACACCAGUUCAGUGUGUGUGUAAAGUUUGGUCCAAGAUUUUUGAAAAUAAAAUACCUAGU